AUGAAGGCUCUGUCUGGACUGCAGAGAGUAAAAAAGAUGGUUUUGACUCUCUUCAAAAUCCCCUUCCUCUUUCUUCUUCUCUACAUCUUUGUGUGCUCCCUUGAUGUUUUAAGCUCUGCUUUCCAAUUAGCUGGAGGCAGAGUAGCUGGGAAUAUCUUCCAGGAAAACGCUAUCCUGUCUAACCCAGUGGCUGGGCUGGUGGUUGGGAUACUGGUGACCGUGUUGGUUCAGAGCUCCUCCACCUCUACGUCCAUAAUAGUCAGCCUUGUGUCUUCUGGUUUGCUGGAUGUGAGGUCAGCCAUUCCCAUCAUCAUGGGCUCAAAUAUUGGAACAUCAGUCACCAACACCAUUGUUGCCCUAAUGCAAGCUAGUGAGAGAGAGGAGUUUGAACGGGCAUUUGCUGGAGCAACAGUUCAUGAUUGCUUUAACUGGUUGUCUGUACUGGUGCUUCUCCCACUGGAAGCAGUGAGCGGCCUUUUGAGACGUCUGUCACAAGCUGCAGUCAACAUGUUGCAGCUCAGUAAUGGAGAAGAUGCACCCGAGCUUCUCAAAGUUCUCACUGAGCCCCUGACUAAGUUGAUAAUACAGUUGGAUAAAUCAGUCAUUACAGCCAUAGCAACAGGAGAAAGUGAACAGAACAAGAGUUUGGUGAAGAAAUGGUGUCAAACUUCACCCUUCAACACGAAUGACACAUCAUAUGGAACACACAACUUUUCAGAACAAACACGAAAAUGCAGGCAUCUGUUUGUGGACUGCACUUUGUCAGACUUAGCCAUUGGUCUGAUCCUCCUGAUUUGCUCCUUACUAGUCCUGUGCAGCUGCCUGAUACUGCUGGUUAAACUGCUAAACUCCCUGCUGAAGGGCAAGGUGGCAACUGCUACCAAUAAAAUAAUUAACACAGACUUCCCCUACCCUUUUACGUGGCUGGCAGGCUAUUUGGCUGUAUUAUUUGGGGCUGGGAUGACUUUUUUGGUUCAAAGUAGUUCUGUCUUCACGUCUGCUAUCACUCCACUCAUAGGGAUUGGAGUGAUAAGUAUUGAAAGGGCCUACCCUUUAACCCUGGGAUCGAACCUUGGAACCACUACUACAGCUCUACUGGCAGCACUGGCAAGUCCUGGAGAUAAAUUAGCCACCGCUACACAGGUCGCUUUAUGUCACUUUUUCUUUAACCUCCUUGGUAUCCUGCUUUGGUAUCCCAUACCAGCCACCCGUUUACCCAUACGUAUGGCCUGUUCCCUUGGCAAGUGUACUGCCAGGUACCGUUGGUUUGCUGUCCUAUACCUUCUUGUCUGUUUCCUGCUGUUCCCGUCCGUUGUGUUUGCUCUCUCCAUGGCUGGCUGGAAGGUGAUGACUGGAGUCAGUGUACCAGUUAUUACACUGAUCAUAUUUGUAACAAUUAUAAACAUCCUCCAAGUACGUAGGCCCAAUUGUUUGCCACUUAGACUACAGAACUGGAACUUUCUUCCUAUCUGGAUGACCUCAUUACAGCCCAUGGAUGAUCUCAUUACCAGGGUGAUCCUGUGGUGUGGAAAAACCAAAGGUUGGUGUUUUAAAAGAAAUGACUCACAAGUGGAAUCAUUGGAGAGUGAGGAAAAUGGAUCGAGCACGAAGAAAACCAAGAGACAGAUGAAAGCUGGUCAAAACACAAAAAACUGA